GGAAUUGAGGUGAUGGGUAAGCUAGUGGAUAAACAGUUACAGAUCAUCGAUGAAGCACAAGAGAAGGCUGAAAAUUUCUUAAAAAAGGAGAUAAAGUUAGACAUCGUACCCGAUAAAUCCUGGCAAACUGAUGAUAUGUUCAUCCCAGCCGGUUACCACAUGAACUCACACAUCUCCAGUGAAGACAGCGCUCCUAAGGAAGUCGGUGAGCCACCCUAUACCUACCCAGCAGGCGUUGGGAACGUGUUAAUGAAUGGCUGUUGGGGCACUGGGUACCAAGAGGGAGAUCCUUGCUACGCUGCUCGGUGGAAAUUAGAAGCAUGCUUGAACUUGAUUGACGGCGCGGCUUUUAUGGGUGUUGGAUUUGACGGGCGUGGUGAGUACAGCCCCGAAUCAAGAAAAAUGAGCAUCGUGCAGCGAAACUGCGCUGGGAAAGCAACAUACGAUGAUUACGAUGUCCCUGACACAAUGAACGUUCAUGGCAUCUACGACACCAAAGCGUCCAUGGUGACCUUUGAGAGCCGCAGUGAGUUUCAGAAAUACUUACAGGAAGAGGCUGGGGUGUCUGGGUCGUACUUCGGCUUCUACGCGGGCGUCAAGGUGGGUUGGGGCGAGUCAGAGACUCAAGCCAGUCAGAAGUAUAUGGCUCUCCUACACGUUGACAUCAACAGGUAUGAGAUUUUUAUAGACGAAGUAAAGCCAAAGGACUUAAGUGCGUCGUUUCUGAAAGAAUUUAUGGCCCUACCGACCUCUUACUUUGCGGCAGGAGCGCCCAUGAAGUAUUUGGAUUUCAUACAGAGAUGGGGCACUCACUACAUCAAGUCUGCUAAGUUUGGAGGCCAGCUCCAGAUUCGUAAAUUCAUGGACGCAAGUGACGUUUCCAGCAAGAAAGAGUUCGCACGAGAAAUGGAAGUGGAAUACAAAUCCUUGUUCGCUAGUGUUGGAGCUAAGGAAAGUAGAAGAGAGGGAGAAUCGUCCAGGCAACAGGCAAAAACAACAUCGACGACGAUUCUUGCCAUGGGAGGAAGUCAACAAAUUGCUUCUAUUUUAUCCGACGCAUAUUCGCCAGCUUUUAAGAACGAGUUUAAGGAUUGGCUUGCAUCAAUUCCUCAAUAUCCAAAGCCGUUUGAGUUUCAGAUGGCUUUAGUUACAACUCUUCUUAACUUCCGACUUCACGAUUUGUUUCCCGAAGAGAGAAGUAACUGGGGAUGCGAAGGAAAUGCUGCAAAACUCAAAGAAGAGAUCUCAGCAAAUGAAGACAGGUUAAAGUUUUAUGAAACGGUGGACUCCAACGGGACAGUUCAGAAGUACUAUUGUAAGUUUGAUAGCCGAAAGUCUCUGGAGGAGGCAAUUACAAGGAGAAGAAUCAGCUUGACCAGAGCCAUUGAAGUCUACAUGAAGGAGGGCCCGAAUUCGAUUACGGACAUUCAGUUACCACCAUGCAAUAAAGACAGUCAAACAAAACCCGGAGCUGCACAACCGGAAACAACAGACCAAGCCGAUGAAGCAGUAAAACACAAAAAAGUGGUCGGCCUUAGCUGGCAGCAUAUCACAAAAGACAAAGCCUUAUUUCGAGUUAUCUUUGACAUGAGAAACGAUUUGAAAGGUACCAAGGACUUCAGUGACAUUCCGAAAAAUAUGAGUCGUUUGGUUCGCUACAAAGAUGGCAAAUGGUUCACGGCUGAAAAAGAUGGCUCUUUUCACCUCUACAAUGCCUUCAGAAAUGGAAAAAGCGGCGAUUCUCAACAGCAUAAAAUAUCUAUUCUUGGUCUCGUGCUUUCCUUCAAUCCAAACACCGGCGGGCUGACCCUUUUGUCACGUGAUUUUGAAGCGUCAAGAGUGUUUUUCCCAAACCUUCACGAUACACUGGCAGGAAAAGAGCUGGGGCGAGCCGUUUUAGAUUCGAGUAUCUCCGAGUCUGGUGCUUCAAAGCGUGAAACCUUAGCUGACCCUCCCUGCAAUGUCAAGUGGUCAAAUGCUCUCCGGUUUGAUCCUACUGAAGCCAAAGGGAAGUGUCUCCAUUUCACAGCCUCUAGUGAGGGAAACAUUUUUGUCGUGUUUGCAACUUUACCGAUCGAUAAGACCUCUUGGUAUUACAUUGAAAUUACACCUCAGAAAGUGGCUAUUUACAAGGGACUCGUACUUAAGACCUCCACGACAAACAUCAAUGCGAGAGGUCUGGGCGAUCCAAACCUGCUUCAGUCAUACUUUGUGUGCGUCACCGAGUCCGAGUCAAGCACACUUAUUGAAUAUGGUAAAACACUGGGAACCACUCAAAGUGGUGACGUGUACCUCAACAUGCUUGACUUGGAAAAGCCGCUGAAUGCUCGCUUUUACGCGUUUGGGAAUGGAGACAAGAAAGCUGACGUCAUUGAUGCCCACAUAGUAGCACGUGAUCAAACAAAAGCCGAGUGUAAAGGCGACACGUUUAUCGACCUGACCACAAGGCUGUGCACGCAAGAAUGUCACGAAGACUGCGAUCCCUUAUACGGUUGCAACACAUUGUCGUCGGGGGAUCCUUUACCGACUGAGUGCAAUGUUUGUCGAGUAGCCAAAGAUAAGAAUACCGGCAGUUGUCUUCCAGAGUGUCCCCCUGAAAAAUUCCUCACAGCUGAUAAGCUGUGUGUCGACCUCAGUUCAACUUAUGACAUGGAGUUCCAAACCGAGGACAACGCCCUAAGGGCGAGUGUCAGGGAGAUACCUGAGUUACAAGCUUUAACCCUGUGCUUUUGGAUUCGUCUUCCUCAAGGCUACAAGACAACACGUUUUCCCUACCCCAUAAUCGAUUACAGAACUGGAAGCAAUAGACUUGAAACAGUCACGGUGUACUUGUCUGAAAACCAUGAGACAAAAGAUAUCAAACUGGAACUGACCUUUAUAGUAGGAGGAGGGGAAACGUUAUCAGUAGGCGUCUUAUCAGAUCAAAACUGGCACCAGAUCUGCAUUUCGUGGGCAGGCCACAGUGGGGUGACCAUACAGUACCUAGAUGGUGUGCGCAAGGUGGCCGACACUCGACACAUAGGAACCUUGGAGGGUGGUGGAAGGCUGACAGUCGGUCAUCACACAGAGUAUGUUUAUCAAAUAACCGGCUUGCAUCUCUGGGACAAGGUGAUUCCUCCCGAAGAGAUCGCCGAGUUUGCCACAGCGUGUGAAAAAGGAAAUGGAAACGUAAAAACCUGGGCAGAUUUUUACGAUUUUGCGGUGGAAGAAAAGAUCAAAAUUAACACGCCUUCAAAUUGUCGGGUGAGCCCAAGUGAUGCUCAGUAAAUAGUAUGGAAAAUCUUGGCUUAUAUUGUCCCAGGUCACAUUCAGAAUAAAAGUCAUUUGAC